AUGGCCUCCGUGCCCUCAGAGCUUCCUCGGCCUCGGGGGCACAUCCCCAUCUGCCGCCGGGAGCUCCCCUCCUGCCCCCUGCUCCGUCCCUGCUGCGCCCACACUCGCCUGCCUCGCGCUCCUCCCGGGCCGCCCCGAUCGCUCGCACCUUGCGAGAGCCGCCCUAGCGCCCCCGCCUGCCGGCCCGAGCCCCGCGGCGCCCGGGGAAGCCCGCCAAGGAAAGGCCCCGGCGAGCAGAGGAGCGAGGGGAAAGCGCAACGGGAGGAACAGCGGUGCGAGCGCCGAGUCUGCAGGGAGAGGACGAAGGAGGGAAUGAGCAGGCAGCAUGUGGUUUGGAGUCUCAGUGGGAGCACUAAAUUGGGGAGUGCUGUUCCUUAACUACAACAUGCCCCCGAUGAUAGCUGGAAAGCGAUCUCUGCUCUUUUACCACAACACAUGCGCUUUUUCACCUCAUGUUCUUCCUGCAUUGUCACUAGCUGGGUGCUGUGGCUUUGCGGUGCCGGAGCACAAGGUGCUGCAACCUUCCUAAAAGCAUCUCCAAAGCGAAGCCGCUUGGCAGGAGCAGCACACGCUCACACACGCGUGCACACGCACGGAUAGCUCCGGCAAAUGGGUCAACGGCAAAGAGGCAGGAAGAGUCUCCGUACAGAGUUCCAUGGGAGGAGUUUAUUGCAGCCACAUCAUGAAGGGUUCCAGGGACAAAGACGCAAAACGAUGAAGGGUCCAAGUACCGGAGCGGAGGGAACAUCAGAGACCAAUGAUCUGAGGGCAUGGGGGCGGUAC